AUGCCGAUCAUGGUCCCGCCGCGCUUCCCGACAAUCAACGCCUCACCGACGGUCGGCGCCGUCACACGCAACUUUGGCAUCGGCGACUGGCUCUGGGUGACCAGCUUCACGGCCUUCAGCGCGGGUGUCGGCUUUGCGAUCGGCAAGCCGAUCCGGCGGCCCACCUUCUUCUACGCGGGCGCGCUCGGCUUCCUGAUGUCGUACCUCGGCCGCUACCGCAUCAACGAGUACAAGCUCCUCGGCUACUACCCCAACCCCUCCGAGUGCCGGUGGGCUGGCAUCGAGUUCAAGGAGCUGAGGCCUCCUAUCGGCAUCGAGCCGUGA